CGUCCGCCUUAACAGAAGGACAGUUCAACACAGUUUUAAUUUGAACUAAUAGACAAAAUAAUAGACGAAUAGAGGGAAAAAAGUUCUGAACAUUUCUGAAUCAAUCAAACCAGCUUGUAAUCAGUCAGCUGGACUCAGCGGAAAUGGCUAUUUUCUCACUCUGUUGGAUUCUUCUGUCUCAUACUUUCGUCUGUUCAAGUUCCUUUUACGAGGAGACCAUCACACCUCAGCCUGGACAGAACGCCACUCUGACAUGUCAAGCUUCAAAAAACAAGAACAUCAUAGCUGUAGAGUGGAGCAGAGUUGACCUGGGAAAGGAAUAUGUCCUGUUGUACCGGGACGAGAACUUCGAUCCUCAAAACCAGUAUAAAACUUUUGUUAACCGGGUGUAUCUGCAGGACAGACAGAUGAAGGAUGGAAAUGUAACUUUGAUUCUGGAGAAUGUGACGGCUGCUGAUAAUGGAACAUAUGAGUGCCGUGUUGUCCAGGCUCAAAUAAACCGCAGGAAGAGAGCUAAUCUGAAGACUUAUCCCAUCAGCAUCAUCCACCUGAGUGUUGUUGACCCUCCAGGUCAGACAGGAGGACACACAGCCAAUGGAGGGAAGGAGGAUAAAGGGAAGAAGGAUGAACCUACCAGAAAAAAAGCACUGCCAGUCUCUGUGUUAGUCUCUCUGUCAUGUUUUGGUAUGGUGUUGGUUGUGAUUACUGCUUUAGUGCGCUUCCAAAAAUACAAAAAGAAUAAUACCUCUUUCUAUCCAACUGAUAAAGAGGCUGAAGAAUUGGACUGUAAGAAAUCACCCAAUAAAGUCUAUGUUCCAGCAGCAGAAAAUACAAAGUUCCCUGUAGAAUCACAAACCAGCCACACAGGGAGCCACAAGCCAGUGUUCUCUUUUGUGCCGGUCCCAAGCCCGGAUAAAUGGCGAGGGGGGUACUGACAGGAUCCAUUUUGAUUUAAUCUGUCAAAGUAAAUGUUUUGUCACUCAUCCAAGUGACUUCUUCAGUCUCAGCUGACUGCAGGUUUCCCCAAUCUUACAAACAUUUGCAUAAUGACUGAUACUAGCCCACCGUAGGAAUAAUGGCCAGGAGGUCAGUUCCUUAAUCAUAGUUAUGCAUAAUCAUAUUACGGGGAAACUUGCUGUCAGCUGAGACUGAAGAAGUCACUAAGAUGAGUGAAACUUUUGUAGAAAUGAUAAAUAUCAGAGAAUUGUUAAGAAAUAUUGGGGUAGCCCAGGCUUGGCCAACUUCAGGCCUCGAGGGCUGCUGUCCUGCAGGUUUUAGAUCUCAGCCUUGGUCAACACACCUAAAUCAAAUAAUUAGUUUAUUACCUGGCCUCUUGAGAACUUCAAGACAUAUUGAGCAGGUAAUUUAGCCAUUUAAAUCAGCUGUGAUGGAUCAAGAACACAUCCAAAACCUGCAGGACACCGACUCUUGAGGCCUGGGUUUGGACACCACUGGGUUAGCUGGUGUGGACCAGCCAAAGCUGACAUGAACUUACACAAGUAUCAGUGACAAGUACCCGAAGUAGGUUUUAUCCAGAUUAUCCCCUUUUAAUAUGCUGAAUAUACAGGAACCCUGGUUUGAUGCUCCUUUUUGUACAUAACGGUAUAAAUGUGUAAAGACACAUCUAAACUUUUUUCUUCUUUUGAAUGAAUCAAAUAGUUUUUAAUGCAAAAUCAGUAUCAGAUAUCGUGUGGCUGUCAUAUUACUGUAAUACUGAUAAUAAAUCUACUCUAUGUAACUGAAUAAAUUAGUCUAUAUUAAAAAAAUAAAGUGUUGAUUGCAACUAAAAAAAACAAAUGCUAUGCUAAAUGGUUACAAUAAUGUGUAUUAUACAGUUGUAAAUGUAGAUUAUGUUACAUCUUACUGCAUAACACAUUGUGCUGUACUCCAAAUAACCUGGUUUUAAUUUAGAAUAUCUUUUUGAAGUCUUGUAAAGUUUUUCUUUUUAAUUAACAAGCAGAAGUACACGACUCAGCUUCAAAAAAUUCAAAUAAAUAAACU